AUGCCCACCACCGACAUCGAAUCCACCGUCGCCACCCAGCUCGAGGCCUAUCAUGCGUCCCGCGCCGCCCUCAUAGCUCAAGAGAAGGCACUCCGUCACGACUAUGCGUUCCGGCAACGCCUCUCGGAGACUGCCAAGAGGGCCUCAAACAUCGUGGGCAAUAUCCGCCACUACGAGGCCGCAACAGUGUGGACGAAGGAGGUGGAGGACGACGAGGGCGAUGUGUACCCCGGGAUGAUGUUCACGCUGGCAAAGGACCGUAUGGAGAGCACGAGGCUAUGGAAAAUUGUCAAGAGAAUGCCGAAGGGCUGUUUGCUCCAUGCGCAUUUGGAGGCCAUGGUUGAUAUGGAUUGGCUGUUGAACCUCGCUUUGGAGACGCCGGGUCUAUAUAUUUUCUCGGACAUACCGCUGGUUUCGCCAGAGGCGUUGAGGAUUGCUACGAUACAGUUUCAGUAUUCGGCGAAACCCCCGGCUGUAUCUGCCUCCUUAUAUUCAUCGGCAUAUGUUCCGAAUGGGUUCAUUCCCAUUACCGAGGCCGCGGAUACUUUCCCAGCGAACCUGCUCAUGGAAUCCGGAAAUAUUGACGGCACAGCUGCAGGCACAACUGCGAGAGAGGCAUUCCUGGAAUGGCUUAUUGACCGCACCACGAUUACAGCCGAAGAGAGCUUGAAGCAUCACGAAGGGAUCAACAUGGUCUGGCGAAAGUUUCAGGGCAUAUUCAGAAUAAUCUCGGGCAUAGUCUAUUACGAGCCAGUCCGCCAUAUUCUCCACCAUUUGCAUCUGGAUAAUGUUCUCUGGGUGGAUAUGCGGGCGGCCUAUGCCAUGGUCUUCCGCGCGGCAAAAACAGGAGAAAUCCUCCCCCGCACUGACGUCAUCCGCGCGUUUUCCGAGGAGGUGGAACGGUAUAAGAAGUCUCCGGAAGGGGCAGGCUUCUGGGGCGCGCGUAUGAUAUGGACCACUAUCAGGAGCUUCGACAAUGAAACUAUUAGAGCCAGCAUGAAAGAAUGCGUUGAAGCCAAAAAGCUCUAUCCCCAUGCCAUCGCCGGCUUUGACUUGGUUGGCCAAGAAGAUCUCGGCCGCCCGCACAAGGAGCUUAUCCCUGAGAUCCUCUGGUUCCGUGAAUAUUGCCGCCAGGAAGCGGUUGAUAUACCAUUUUUCUUCCAUGCCGGCGAAACGCUCGGCGACGGCAACGCAACCGAUGAAAACCUCUUUGAUGCUAUUCUCCUAGGGACCAAACGUAUUGGUCACGGGUUUUCCCUUUACAAGCAUCCCCACCUGCUUAGACUCUGUCGUGAACGUAAAAUCUGCCUUGAAGUGUGCCCUGUCUCGAAUGAGAUCCUGCGGCUCACAUCCAGCAUUUUGUCGCACUCACUCCCGGCGCUUCUGGCGCAUGGGGUGCCUGUAACCUUGAACAAUGAUGAUCCGGGAAUUCUUGGGCAAAAGACGACGGCGAGUAUGACGCAUGAUCAUUGGCAGGUGUUGCAAGCGUUUGAUAAUGUUGGGCUGGAGGGCCUGGGGGAUCUGGCGGAGACGACUGUGAAAUAUGCAGCAUUCGAGGGCGUGGACGUGGGUGUGGAGGAGGGAGUGAGGGCGGAGAGAAUGAAGAUGUGGAGACAGGAAUGGGAGAAGUUCUGUGAAUGGGUUGUGGCAGACUUUGGAGAGUGGGAGGAAAGAGAGGGGGCUUAG